UCAGCUCCCAUGCACACAAAAAUAAUAAAACCAAGACUAUCAAAAUGGACCUGCCUAGAAGCUAGACUUCUCUUGAUUUGCUUAAAAGAUGAUAUGAACUAUAUGAAUUUAAUAUUAUAAGUCUGAAAAGAAAAUGGAUUGAUUAUGCCCAUAUGCUGCAAAAUUCUCAGUCCUUUUCGAGAUCCCCUUCCUCUGGAUUAAACUAGUCUAAUGGAUUGACGGAGGGAGUGAAAGAGACUUUUAUUCAAAAUAACAAAAAUAUUGUUCUGACUCGGGCUUCUUGGUUUUCUUUAUAAGCAGCUGGAUUAUGUUUAUAGCAGCACUGGUUAAGCUUCUUCCUCCACCAACGCCGAGCGCCCAAAAGAUAAGCCAGACAUUCAUAGAGAAACUUUUCAGAAGCACAGGAACUUUUCAUGCAGUUCAUGACACAGUUCUUCAUAGACACAGCUUUUCUUAUUGUUUGUAGUUCUUGAGGUUUCCAUUAGUGGUUCUUGAGGUUUCCACUUAGGACCCUUGAGUGCUUCUGUUUGAAGAGUUAGCAAAACGUCUGUAGCAUCUCUCUUCUUCUCCUGGUGUUUGCUACCAUCUUACUGUGAUCAAAGAGGAGGCUGAAGAGUUAUGGAUGAGAGAAGUGAUAUGGACAAGGGAGAUGAAGUGAUGAUGCCAGGUUUUCGAUUUCAUCCUACCGAUGAAGAGCUAGUGGGUUUCUAUUUGAAGAGAAAAAUUCAGCAAAAACCUCUCUCCAUUGAGCUUAUCAGACAACUGGAUAUCUACAAGUAUGAUCCAUGGGAUCUUCCAAAGCUGGCAGCUACCGGGGAGAAGGAAUGGUACUUCUACUGCCCGAGGGACCGGAAAUAUAGGAACAGUGACAGGCCGAACAGAGUGACAGGAGCUGGAUUUUGGAAGGCCACAGGAACAGACAGGCCUAUCUGCUCCUCAGAUGGAACCAAAUGCAUAGGCCUGAAGAAGUCUCUCGUCUUCUACAGGGGCAGAGCUGCCAAAGGAAUCAAAACUGAUUGGAUGAUGCACGAGUUCAGACUGCCUUCCCCUUCGAAUCCAUCAAUGCCCAAAAGGCCUCUGGACAAACAUAUUCCAGCCAAUGUAAGGAGUUCAUUGAAUCUUCUUCUACUAAAUAAAAGAAAAAUACUUUCUUUUCUGAAAAAAGCUGACCCUGCUUGGUGUCAUAAACAGGACUCAUGGGCAAUUUGCAGGAUCUUUCAGAAGACUAAUUCCAUGGCACAGAAAGCACUGUCUCAUUCUUGGGUAUCUCCAUUGCCUGAGACCAAUGAACAAGAUGUGUUCUCUGUUUCUCGGAGCGCACAUGGAAUUCCAUUUGCUUCAGAGAACAUGUCAUGCAUGGCUCAAGUGGGGUCUGCCAUCCAGUUUGGCUGUAACAAAAGCAUUCAGCAGCAGGCCUGUACUACGAGUUACUCUCCUUUGGAUAUUACCUCCUAUAAGCCCAUAGACCUGAGCAGCUGCAAACCAUCAAAUCUCCUUUCCGUUUCAAGUGCAGAGAUACCCACAAGCUUCAUGUUCUCACCAGAUGAAAUGUCAAUGCUAUCCAAGUGCACAGUGGAUGCGGCCUCGAUGCUUUUUAACUCAUCCCCCACAAUAAUUGGUGAUGUUGAGGAAACCUCUGCAAGCAUAGAUUUUGAAGAGUUGCAGCAGUGUGGAUUCACUGUUGGUUUACCAUUGGAGAUGAGCACUAGCUUGGGAAGUGGGGAAGAAGACAUAUCUGCAAAGAAGCCUGCAAAUACAUGUAAUGUUAACAACAAUCAGUGGGGAGCUGUGAAGACUGUCAACUUUCCCUUCAAUCUGCAAUCAAAUCUUUCUGAUGAGUGGAAAUCCAACAUGCCAUGGGAUUCUCCGCAAUGCCCCAUUGAGAUGUCAACGAGUUAUUCCAUAAACAGAUGCUAUACCUAAUUAGGUGCAGCAUAAAGCAAGUCACCUUCAUCUGUUAGCAUUACUGUUAGCAUGAAGAAAAUCAAGAUCUCAUUCAGUGAUAUGUAUAUCUUAAAAGACAUGUCUGUUAACAGCAAAGCUAACAGGAUGAAAAGAAAGCUUUGGCUAGAUUAAGUCUUCAAACAAUUAUAUCAAUGUUUGUACUUUUGAAACUGAUAUUGUUUUCAUAAUCAUUA